AUGCAACACGAAGUAAAACGAGUACACCUCAAUGAAUCGCAAAAGCAUCAAAAAUAUCUCAAAGACGAACCCAAGACCAACCAUUAUCGUGAUUUAACAUCCUACAUUUUCCAAUUACGUGAAUUACAAACAUACAACGACGAAAGUUUUAAUGCUACAACAAGCUUACUUCAAUUAAACCCUGAAUUCUAUACUAUAUGGAACUAUCGUCGAGAAAUCAUUGAAAAUGCCUAUGCAUCAAAGUCCUCCGAAUUGGUGCAAAUUUUAAACGAUGAAUUGAAAUUUGUGAUGUCUCAAUUACGCAAGUUCCCCAAAGUGUAUUGGAUUUGGAAUCAUCGAAGAUGGUGUUUGUUCAAAUUGGUUGAUUUGAAUCAAGUGAAUUGGGAUUUUGAAUUCAAAACAGUAGGCAAAAUGUUGGAAUUGGAUAAACGAAAUUUUCAUGGAUGGCAAUAUCGAAGGUUUGUAGUUGAGAAUUUAGAAUUGGAGAAAUUGAAAAACAAUAACGACAAGGCUAUGGAAGGGCUCUUGAGGUUAAAUCUUGAUGAAUUUGAUUACACUACUGCGAAGAUCCUGAUUGAUUUUCUGAAUUUCUCAGCAUGGCAUAACCGUACUAAGUUAGUACCAAAGAUCUAUGAUCUUAUAACUCAAAAUAUAUCAUUGUCGACAAUUGAUCAUCCAUCUUUGCAUCUUUUCCAAAACCCCUUGACUAUCUUGAACAAUGAUUUAGAAUUGAUCAAAACUGGUAUAUACAUGAGUCCCGAAGAUAAUUCCGUUUGGUCUUAUUUAUACUGGCUUUUAUCUGAUGAACUCUUUGUCAAUGCCAUCAAUGCAGAAGGCAAUUCUAGUGGUGGAGGCAGUAAUAGUCAAGAUUAUAAACAAUUACUUCAGCAACAAAUUGAUUUGAUUCAUGAAAUAAAUGAAUUGGAAAAAGAAGAUACGGGAAAAGAAAAUGUUGGAUGUUUGAAAGCAUUGUUGAUGAUUACUGAGUUGAAGGAGAAAGAAGAUGUGGAUAAAGAUGAAAUGAGGAGCAUUUUGCAGAAAUUGAUCAAACUUGAUGAGUUAAGAAAAGGAAGGUAUGAGGAUAAUCUACGCAGAUACGAAUAG